CAAACUCAUACCGAUCAACGUUACAUCAUCGGUUCUCUUCUUCUUCCUGAAAAUUUCUUCAGCUGCGGCGUUUACCGAAACCUUAACGUCCACGAAAAAACUCCGAUCGCCGGCGUUCUGGUCUUUCCCAGUUUGCUUCCAUUAAAAAAUAUUGAAGCAAGUUAAAUAGGAAAUGGAGAAAAUGGCACAAGGAUGGUUUUCGAUGAGCGGGAGUAGCAGCGGAGAUCAGCAGCAGGACAAGCAGCAAGCAGGCUCGUCUUUGCUCGCGGAUUGGAAUUCUUACGCAGCAUCGAGAGAUGUCGAGGAAGGUGGCGGAAGCGGAAGCUUCGGGUUCGAUAUCGAAUCUGCCGUUAGAUCUGCCAACGACACUGUUUCAGGCACCUUCAGUGUGGUUUCAAAGGGCGUUAGAGAUAUUCCGGGGAACCUGCAAUCAGCAACCAGCAAUAUGCCUUCAGGGAAAGCGCUGAUGUAUUUCGGUUUACUUCUCGCAAGUGGUGUUUUCUUCAUCUUCAUUGCCUUCACAAUGUUUCUCCCAGUCAUGGUGCUUAUGCCACAGAAAUUUGCCAUUUGUUUCACCCUUGGAUGUGGAUUUAUCAUCGGAUCAUUCUUUGCACUUCGUGGCCCACAAAACCAGCUCGCACACAUGUCAUCCAUGGAGAGGCUUCCUUUAACCCUAGGUUUCAUUGCCACCAUGGUUGGUACCAUAUACGUAUCGAUGGUUCUCCACAGCUACAUUCUCUCGGUGCUCUUCUCUGUGUUACAGGUUCUUGCGUUGGUUUACUACUGUAUAUCCUACUUCCCUGGUGGAUCAUCUGGCAUGAAGUUCCUCAGUUCUGCUCUUACCUCAUCUGUGCUAAGAGUUUUCGGGAGAUGAUCGUUCCCGCCCAAUCUGGGAGAAAGAGCAAAACCUUAAUUCCGUGGUGUGUAAAGAAAGAUGUCAGAGCCUUUUUCGUUUUCUCUUUAACAUAUAGAUUUGAUGAAAAUGUUCGAAAAGACAAAUGAUCUUGAAAGAGAUGUUCAAUGAAGAACCCAAAGUGAU